AACUUUCUAGGAUGUUCUUAUUAACUUUUUGUUCCUUAAAAUUUUUUAUCUUUAAUUAUAAAUUGUAAUUUUUCCUAUGUGACCAAGGUGUGCUAUAGGCUACAGAAAAGCAGAAGCCUGGCAGUUCUAAAAGAGCUGUACUUUCUUAUGGCUUUCCUGGUGCAUUUAUGCAAAAAGUAAAGUACAUCAAACAUACCAGGGCUCUCACGCAAAGAGGCACCAGAUCUGUGGGAUCUCUGUAUGUUCAACUUUAACAGAGCAUACAAAGCAAUUCCAAGAUAGAUCUUUCCAGCUACAAAACUGAAAAGUCAAUCUUUUAUUUCCAUGUGCUGUGUCUUCUCUGUCUCAACAGAUGUAAGUGGAAUCAUAUAAGGGAGUUUAUUCUUGAUUUGCAUUUUUUUUCCCCUUGGAAUAAAUUUACUGUUAAACCUUUUUUGUUAUAUAAAUCAUUUACCCUAACUUUUAAGAAGUAAAUUGAACGCUCUUGUAAUAAAAUGCCUCUCUAUUCACUUCCCCAGAACUAGCCUGUUUUUUACCUAGAUAAAAGUUCCCUUUUAUGUAAUUUGUCUUAGAGCGAGAGAGACAAAAAUUCUGUUAAACAACGCAGUGAAAGAUGGUAAAGCUCACUUUACAGAGACGGAACAAAAGUCACUUUGUGCUAGUCAAGAAUACCCAGAAGCUUUCCUGUGCACUGAGUUUUUUUUAUCUGAUGCUCAUAUUACAGAUGACUUCCCCACAUUGUGACCGAUAUGUGCUACAAAAGGGUAUUCUUGGGUUUCAGGUGUCCAGGUAAUGAGCAGAGUUUGAAUAGACAGGUAAACCAAACUGAAGGAAAAUAAUAUAUGAGUACUGGCAAGCUGCCUAGAUUGGCGUUGGUAGACAUGAUUCUGGAAGAGCUGCGGAGCGUGAAAUGGGAACCAUUUGUAUUUUAAAUGAUCAGGAGGAUUAGUCUGAGUUCCUUGACUGCUGACAGGUACCUUGCACAUAGGUAUAAGCAAGUCCUUCAUAAAAGCUGUGAAGAAACCAGGAAGAUGAUUCUCAUCAGAUGGUUUAUGUAGAGUAGGGAAGGGAGCAGGGGAUUCUGCAGCCUUUUUUUGAGCUGUAAAAAGAGACAGAUACUGAAGAGCUUUUACAAGGAUGGCAUUUUGGUGAUUUUGCAUCAGGCCUGUGAGACAUAGAUUGAACAAAUCAUUAAGGCUGCUCCCUGUGCAAAUCUAAGGGAUGCAGCUUUUAGGUAUUUCCAUCAAAUUUGGGAGAACAACUGAAGAACAACUGCAACAGUUAUUUAGCUGUGGAAAGUAAAUCAACAAAGUUUUUAAUAAGAACUUGAUAGACACUUGUAGGGUGCUGCCUGGGCCUUUUCCAUAUUGCUUAUCAGUGUUGCCAAUGAUCUAACUCUCGUUUUCACUAUUUCAGAUUUUAUUUCAAAAAGUCAUGAGGAAAUGAUAUCUACUAUUUGUGUUUUUAGCAUGUGUGUACUCUGUCACUAUUGAUCUGCAACAAUCAUUUUAUAGACUUGCAUUUGAACACAAUUUUAGUGUGUGUGUAUUUUUUUUUUCCUUCAGAAUCAAGUUAGCUUUUGCUUAAUCUUUGUUUUAAAUAUUAUUCUGAAAGGGCCUUCUCUGAAUGGAGAGAUGGGAUUUGAGGCUGUGAGACAGAUGCAGACAAUGAUAGCAAGAUAAUAAUAAUAAUAAAGAUAAUGGAUAAAUGUUGGUAUUUUACUCCUUAGCAGUCUGGUGCUCUGCAGGAACAAAUGGUAAAACAGGCAGCAGUAUGGUGUGCCUAAUGCAGAGACUUUAGCCAGCAAACUCUUCACAAGAGUUAUUACUGGAUGCUGAUGGCCUUUUCCCACACAAAAAGAAAGCUUGCAAUGGUUUCUGCACCUGCGAUGAGUAUCCUAGCAACAUCACCGAGGAAACUGUAUGCCAGGACUUUUUUCUGAGUGCUUUUUGUUGAAUGUAGCAGCAGUUGUAAAACAAAGGUCAAGAACAAUUUAAGCUCUUCAAAGUGCUGUUGCUUGAUUCAUUUACUCAGAAAAAUGUUUCUGUUGUAGUUUUCUGCCUGAAGGACAAAUAUCGGGUUACAGAGUCACCCAACAGCCUAUCCAAUUGCAGUUUAGUUAAACGCUAAUAUCACUUAAUUUAAAAUGUCACUUCUUACUUGCAGGGAAGUUACUGUUAGCAGUAAAACCACUAGUUUUUGCCUUGUGAAGUAACCAGGAGUCGCCGGUGCCUUCUGCCGGCUCUGGCAGCUGAGGAUACCUAGGGACUUUCUGUGCAACACAGACCAGGGAAGCACAGGACACCACCAGGGAGUGGGAACCGAUGACCGAUCUAAUUAAAAAAAAAAAGAAGAAAGCUUUUUGUUUGUCUGAGAACGUGUAUGCGAUCAUUGUUUUACUGUAUGCACAGACCUCAGGUGAUGUGACCCUUGUUCUCAUAAAUCCUCUCUUGCAGCCAGACUCCAUUCCUCUGGCAGAAGGAAUAUGCCGUACGAUAUCAGACAUGAAUGCAAAUCAUGUGACGGUCACACAGGAAACUUUAACGGAGCAGUUAGUCAAAAAUUAUCCAGGCGUUGCAGUUCCCUCUCACAGUAUCUUAUAUAAUAUCCUUGGAACUCUAAUUAAAGAAAGGAGAAUCUAUCAUACGGGAGAAGGAUACUUCAUUGUGACUCCCAAUACAUACUUUAUCACAAAUGAUGCCACAGAAGACAAUAAAAUGGUCCCAUUGGAGAACAGUUGUUGCUGUUCAUCACCUUCCAUCACUUAUCUGGUAAACGCUGAGCAUUGUGCAGACCCAGUGAAAAAAAACAUUCCUACACUAUCCAAUUACAGACCCUGCCAUUGUUUCCCUGACCAGAACACGGUCUGUGAACAAGGUCAUCGGCAGCUGAUGAACCAUGAACCUAGUGGAGGAAGUAAGAAAAGCUUCAGUGAAUUGAAGCCUUCCAUUCAAACCCAAGGGAUCUCCACAUCAGCUGAAAACCAUUCCUGGGACACCAUCAAAUUCCUAACAUCUGUGAAAGAGAAACUGAAAAGCAAAAGGCUUGGCUUUGGCCUUUUCUGGAGAAGUGCUUCUAAAAAAGAAAAACGUAAGAAGGAGUACUCUACAUUUUCAGCCCAGUUUCCUCCCAGGGAGUGGCCAGUCAGGGAUGAAGAUGACUUAGAUAAUAUUCCACGCAAUAUUGAACAUGAAAUCAUCAAGCGUAUUAACCCUGCUCUUACAGUUGAUAAUUUGAUUAAACACACAAUAUUAAUGCAGAAGUUUGAGGAGCAGAAAAAAAACAUCAGUAAGGGUACCUCAGCUGAAAUGUCGAUAGUCAGACAGGACCAUCUUUCAAAGGAUUGUAUUCAAAAGACACAAAAUAAAACAGCAAAACACACCAGGAAAACCAAAACAAAGAAAAAGAAGCAGAUUAGCAGAAACAACAGGAAAUUUCACAUACACGAUCUAACAUCCCAAAAGGAGAAACUGGAAGAGAACAUUUCACUGCCUAUCAGAAAUGAACAACCAUCUGAUGCAGCAGUGGAAUCCCAUGUCAUAUAUAAAAAACAAAUUAAGAACCCUUUUCAGGGUAUGUCAUGGAGAUGCAACUUUUAUGCAAAAGGGUACAAAGGUACUAUUAACAGUCAGUUGAAGUCCAGGACUCGAAAGCAAGAAAGGGCUUUGCAAAGACCACAGUCCUCGGACUCCUCAAAAACCUUUGACUGUGAAAUUGAGCAGCUGGCUAGUGAAACACAGGCUGACAAAGCAAAGCUACUCCAUGCUAACAGGUCUUCCCUCCAACUAAAGAAAGACAGUUUAAGUGGAAACGUCAGUUAUCUGCAAGGCAGUACUUUGCGAACAGAUAAUAAAAGUAAAUACUUUCUGGAGAGUAAUACUUCGGAAGAAAACAUCUACAGCAGAAGAACAGUCAAAAAAACCCCUGGGGAUAUUAAAAAAUCCCCUCACUCCUAUAUUGAAGAUAAUAAUGUCUGCAAAGAAGAUGCAAAAGUUUCAUUACAUCUGAAAAGUGAGUAUUGCAGGUGCAAAGCUGACACAGUACGUGAGUUAUUAGAUCAAACAGCAAAUGAAUUUAAAAAUGUCUGUCUUUCAAAUUAUACAGCUAAUGCUAACCUUGUAAAAAAAGUUGGUGAGAAAUACAGGCCAAAGGCUGACAAAAAGAGUGAACUUAUAUUUAAAUAUGACUGCGCCAGCCAUCCUAGUUCAGUGAAGCUGCAAAGUGAAGGAUUCACUGAUAACUACCAUCUUCCGUACCAAAAAGCACACGAUGGUGACACCCGUAACUCAUUACAUCUGGAUGACAAUUUUGAAGGCCAUGAACCGUAUCACCUGCCUCAUGGCUGUGCUUUUUCAGAUACAAGAGACUGGAGCAAAGCUGUGCAGAAGCUGGGGACAGCUAUGUCCCUAAAAAAAUGUAAAGUUAUUACUUAUCCCACCCAGUACAACACAACUGUAAAUAAACAUGACUCUGGAGAGCAUGCAUAUAAGGAAAGUGCUAGUUUUGCAGAAUCAAUAGAUGGCUCAAAAGAGCAGCCAAAACCAGAUUUCACAGAAGAAGGAUGUUUGUGCAGUCAGGUUCUUCCAACAAGUCACAGAAAGGAAGAAGAAACUGGCCUUACUGAAUGUGCAAAGGCUUCAGCUGUAGCAGAUUUCUGCCAUGCUAAUGAGGCCGAGUCAGAUGCUGACACUUUGCAGAACUUCACCUAUGAGGUGGGUGAAGCAGCGGCAUGCUGUGCUUUAGGCUCCCAGACCAAAGAAACCAAAAACCCUCUGGGACAAAACCAUGUGGUUUUUAAGAAUGCACGUACUGUGGUAUCGGAACAGAAACGCUCCGAAGGAACAGAAAACCACAGCAUUACAGGAGACAGUGGAAUUGACUCCCCAAGAUGGACUGAAAAGAAGAUGAAAUUUCCUGCCAAAUUCUGAAAGCAUAAAUACUAAUACAAAGAGGAGGACAAAGUGGAAGGA